CUGCGGUUCCGAUUAUGUUUCCUUAACGGCAUGAAGUCGACAAUAAUAUGGAUGUCGGCUGUUGGCUAUUAAAAACGACGUCUGCUAACUUAUUAAAAAAUUGUGUGAACCCAAUUUGGGGGCUACUUUACAGUGAUGGAGCCUCAGUUUUCCUCCUGCCCAUAUCUUCUGUUGAUGACCAGAGUUAUCUACUUCCAAAAGUAUUAAAACUUGAAAAUGUUGGGCUUAUUCAUGAUAUCAGUUGUAGUCCAUGUUACUUGAAUCACUGUUAUGUAGCAGUAAUAACAUCUUCAGAGGCAGGUUUAAAAGUCUCAGUGUGGGAAGCACUUGAAGAAGAGCUGAAUGAACCAUUCCAAAAAGCAAAUGAUGCAUAUAUAUGUGGAAAUCCUUUACCUCAAGGACAAGGCUUAUCUUGGCACCCUCUUAACAAUAUUCUUUGUACAGUAUGCCAGAAUGAAGCAUUUAUAUUUAGUAAUGAAUCAAAAAAGGGUUCGUUGGAAAAGUUAAAAAGCUUCUCUGGAAGUGAAAGAUUUACCUCUUGUUGUUGGAAUUAUUCUGGAUCCUUGUUAAUAUUUGCCACACAUUCUAAACUACUGUUUUAUAACUUUACUUAUGAUACUAGUGAUCCUUGCGAGCCUGUAUUCUCCUUUGUUAUUGGAAGAGUUUGCAGCUUAGAAACUGUAGACCAGACUCGUCUUCUGUGUGCCAUAGAACUGCCUUUGAGUGAUGUCAUGCGCCAUCAGUUAGAAAAUAUAGCACAUGAUACACCUGUUCCACCAGCAGUGGAAAAUAUUACAAAUGCAUCAUCAACUUCUAACUCUAUUGUAGCUAGUUCUCAGUUACUCUUAAUUGGUUAUAAUGCAAUUGAUGGUAAGCCAUAUAUCAUGACUAAAAUAGAUAUUGAAGAAAUUCUAACUCCAAAUAUCAUGGUGUAUGAGGAGACAAAUGGGCUCUGCAUAGUUGCCAGUAACUGUAGCUCUCGCAUUCAGUUUUUUUCAAUAGAAAAGUUGCCCAUUACAAAAAUUGCAGAAAUGGUUUUGGAGAAAGGGAAAGUACCUAAAGGUAUAGCGAUAAGCACCUUCAAUCACACAAAGUUAUUGUGGUUGCUUAGUGGUCAGUCAUGUGAAGACUGCACUGCCUCACUUACCAUUCCUGAUGAUGGUUAUAUUAGUUGCAACAUGACAUUUAGAGUUAUUGCAUUAAAAUCACUUUUAGGACCGGAGAAAAGGUUUAUUGUUCAAGAAAAAGAUUUUGCUAGCUGCUUUGACAGUAGAAAAAAUACUCCUAAGAGCCGAUUUUGUUCAGAAAACCGUAUCAAGUUGCCUGAAAGAAUGCCAGUGCCUGAAAGUGUUCCUAACAAAGCUGAAAUCACAUCUAAAAGCAUUACACUUAAAGCUACCAAAACCUUUGAUAGUGAUAAUAUUAUAGUUAAUCCCACCGUACGUCAAAAAGAAUUCUGUGACAAAGCUGUUGAAGUACAUUUAGAUAAAGUAGAAACUUGUAAUGAUAUAGAAAAUGAUGAUAAAAGUGUCCUUAGCUAUUACUCUGCCGAGUCAAUUGUGAUGCCAAAAAAAAUUGAAAUGAAUUCCUCAAGCAAUGAAGAUUAUUACAGUAUUGGGCAAUAUUCUUCAGUCAGUCGAGGUAGUACUUUACGAGGCAAUGCUGAAAGGAAAAUAUUUGAUAUAGAAAGAUGUGUUUUAGAUAUGUUUGAAAAGCAUACAACUGAGCUCAAUGAUAUCAAAGCAGAACUGCGCGAGUUGAAAAAAGUAGUUUCGGGUAUUUCUGCUUUACAUUAUGGAUCUAUGGCUUGUACAAAUAGUCCUCCAAAUGCACAAUUGCUGUGCCAUAUACAGGAGUUACAGCAUAGUGUCCAUGUUGUUGAAAAUAAAUUGGACAGCAUGACUAUAGACAUUAAUUCUAGGAUGAAACAUCAAGAUCGAAAACUAAGUGAAAUACGAAAGGAAUUAAAUACUUUACUUUCAAAAAAUUCAUAGAUGGAUUUAUUCAGGUUUCAUCUAGUUAUUGUCAAGCUCAAAACAUGUAAAUAAACUACUACUCUGCACUCAA